UCCGACUCCGACUCCGACUCCACAGCCCUGCUUGUGAUAUUUUCCUCUAUUUAAAUUUGAGUUGGCAACACUGAACGAAAGAAGUAUUCGGUCAAUCAGGUGAUCAGAAGCUGUAAAGAAGGAAGCAGAAUGGUCAGCGGCCUGGCUACUGUUUCUUGGAGAGACUGGGUUCCAGUACUUUCAGUGAUCAGUACUUGUUCUGCACUCGGUUAUGCAAUUUAUGUGACUUUUAAACUUUCGAAGAAGGGCGAUAUUGUUAAUAAAAGUAUUGAUAAGAAAUGUGAAAAAAUCGUACAUUCCUUCGAUAUUGAAGAUAUUGGUAGCAAAACGUGCUUCUGUAGAUGUUGGAAAUCUGCAAAGUUUCCCUAUUGUGACGGAAGUCAUAACAAGCAUAAUAAAGAAACAGGAGAUAAUGUCGGCCCCGUUGUUGUAAAACCAAAAGAUGCCUAGAAAUGAUUACCAAGUAAAUGGUAUUUUUAUUAAGACAAAUAGAAUUUGUAUUUGCAUUAAAUGUUUGAUAAAGAGAUUAUUUAAUAAAUAAAGACAGCUACAAGCAUUUGAAUGUUGUAUUAAUAUUUGUUGCAUAAUUAGAUAUCGGAUUAUAAACAUUGAGGGAAAAAAAGUUAAGAUGUGAAUAACUAAUGUUACAAUAUGUAUGUUAAAUACCUAAUAAAGAUUGUUUUCUAGAGAUUUCA